AUGAUGGCAGAUAAUCCAAGAUCCUCUCAACAAGAACUUUCAAAAGAUGUAAAAAAGGAUACUUUGGGAAUUCAAAACACCUCACAUUCACGGAGAAUAACUGAAGAAGAGUUAGUAACAGAAAUUACGAAGAGAAUUUAUCGGAAAAUCGCAAACAAAUCUUCUUUGGAAAAUGACAACGAUACUGAUGUGGGUGACGCAAAUGUUUGUCUGAUUCACGGUUGUCCAGAACCUGACAAGCAAUCCAACGAGAAAUUAUAA